UUUCUAGCGAUCCGUACAAAAAGACCACAAACUGCAGCGUGUCGUUGUUUUGAUCUGGUAACAAAUUUGUUAUACAUCUUAAGCUCGGUACGUUUUAAUUGAUGGCAUUAUGAAACCUCCAUCUCGUAGCCGGAACAUACCGUCUCGUUUUUUAGAAAUAAAGAAGACUGAACCAAUAAGCAGGUUUCGCCCUGCGUGCCAGCGGCUGGAAGAGCGGAGACUUCUGCUUGCCCUGAAACAUCAGCAGAGGUUAAAUACAGAAUUGGAUUUUUUAGCACUUCGGAAGAAAGUUCCCAAAUGGUCUCUGCUUCAGAUACAGAAUUUUAUAAAGUUUUUGAAGCGGUGUGUGGUGAAGCGGGUGUAUUGCCAGGUCCAAAGACAGAGACGUCAGGAACAAAAAAACAAAGUACCAAUUGAACUAUGGGCAGAACAAGCACAGAAAAUGGCUGGUGUUCAUGUGGAAACAAUAUCUUCUGCCUUCUCUCAAAUGUUGGUAAUUGCUGCUACAGAGCCCUGUAGCCUCCAGCACUCAGAUCCUCCACUUACCACUGACUCUCAACGACCUCUGACCAGCGGCUUGCGCACUAUACCGCUGAGGCCGAUGCCUAAAUCCUACACUGGCUCGCCUUCUCCAGUGAUAAUUCCACCUGAACAAGCCUGUAAAACCCCCCAGUCACAUGGAAAAGAUGCAGCUUCCAGUCCUUCUGCCAAAACCACCACAUUAGCAUCUCAAUCUGCUGUUGCUGAAGAAGAGCAAAGUGAGUUAAUAGAAAAAACAGAGGCAAACAAAGACCCUGCCAUGUCAUCCACAUCAGCCACCCCUAAAUCACUUGUGAGUCAACCUGUCUCAAAACCAACACGACCAGUUUCAAGUGCUGUACCCUCACUCACACCAGGCUCUGUUCAGCCAGAUAAGCAACCUGAUAUUGGACAGUCCGAGCAAGCCUGGAAACACAGACCAAUGGGGAUGAAGAAUGUAGUGGAUUUUGGAAAGAUAUACAAAUUUAUUAGCAAUAUCAUUUUCAGUAAACAUACUGAGCCUCUUACUUCUAUGGAAAGUGCAGUGCUUUUGGACCUGUUGAUGUCUUUGCCUGAAGAGCUCCCCUUGCUGGACUGUAAGGAACUGCAGAAUCAUUUGCUUCAAGUGCAUGCACAUCUGAACACACCUGCAGUGAGGCUCAGCUCAGAGAAGGGACCUGCAGUGGAUACAUCUUCAACUAGAGAAACAAUACCACAAACCUCCAGAACUGAUCAUCAUGUUAAAGGACCUGAUGUCUCUUUGCAAACACAGACUGUGCAGUCUACAAGGGAAGAGAUCGUUCAAAAUGGAGAAGUAACUGAGCAAUUGAAGGCCACAGAAUCACAAUUAGCUGCUGGAGAUUUUGCAAGAGAGUCAUCUGCAGUAAAGCUCUUAAACGUCACAGGUGAUUGGGCCACUGCUAGCCAAUGUCCACUAAAUCCAUUCAUGGUACCAGUAGCCCUUCUAAAACGGACGUAAUCCAAGGAACAUGCAAAAGCAGCUCUGGUUUAUUUUAAAACUGUUGAGACUAACUGGUUUAAAAUUAAUGUAUAUCUUUUCGGAAAUAACAUACAACCUGCCUUUUUUCAAAGUACCGUGCAUAUGAUGACAUUAGUGAAAUAAACUUACAGAAUUUAACGAAUAUUGAUUGUACAUAUUCUUUAGUAUACAUUGCACUGAAAGCAUUUUAUACAUUUCUUACGCAGUAGUAAACACAUUAUUUUCUAUUGUGUGAUGGCCGCACUAUUUGAUUUUUUGUCUUUUUAUUUAUUAAAACACUUGUACACACAGUUGUAUUUAUUUAAUAAAUAGGAAUGUUCUAGUUAAUAAUUUCAGUUGCCGUUAUAGUGUUCUGUUUGCUAAGAGAAAUGAUAGGAUCCACUAAGUGUGGCUCAUGAAUCAAAGAGUAAAGUUCAAAUAUUUUGCUUAUAUCUCGGGUGUAUUUCAGUGGUAUGAUUUAUUAAUGCUGGAAACAAUGCAAAUUAUGUUAGCUUGACAUUUAAUCUGAUCCACAGUUCAAAGUAAGUGAAGUGUAAAUGUUUUAUGAUCCUCAAAAAGUUUACAACCCAAGGGUUACAUCAGAAUGCUUACAUAUACAGCCUGUCAUUAAGCUUUACUGCUCUAUGUCUGACAGUUUAUAGUCUGUGGACUGUAUUCCUUAUUUCGCAAGGUGUGAUAUUGCAUGCAUACUGUACAUAAAAUCUUUAUUCCCUUUUUAGUGAAAUGAAACCUCUCUGGUCCAAUAUUCAUCACAUAGUUGCUGAUAGGUAUCGCAAAGGGUAUGAGGUGUAUAUUUAGGGCAUGUCCAUUCUAAUACAUGCAGUUGCAAAAGAGAUGCUGUAAGAAGUCGAAUGUUUCUUCUUUAACAUCUCGAUGUGUUAAACAAUUUAGAAAAUGUCAUUUUUCAUGGUAGCCCAAAUGAGCAAACAUAGUCUACACGUGAAUAAGUAUUUAUUUUCUGUAACAAUGCUUCUUGACCAUGUCCACUGUACAUAUAAGAUUGAACUUAUAUGUGGUUGCCUAUCUUUUGCUUGCUAUAACUGCAUCAAACAAAUCUCUCUUAGUUUAUACUCUUUUAUAGAAGUUCUUUUGUUGUGUUUUCAGUGUGUUUUUGGUCAUUGUCUUGCUGCAUGAUGAAAAUCCUUAAAAUUCAAUGUAUUUCUUUAUAAAUUGGCAAUCAAUGUU